CCAACGGCGACAAGUUUGGCAGGGAGCUCGUCGAAAACAGGCAAGACACCCACCGGCCUGACGCCCCCAGAGCUCCUACCAAAUGCGCGCUUCAUCUUUCCCACGUUGCGCCGCCGUCGCUCAACCGCAUUCGGCCGCUCAAUGCUGACGCAGUGGUUCGACAUUGCCCGCCUGCAUGACCCAGCAUACCGCAAGGAGUUGCAGCUGCGAGGCUUUGGCCGAAUCGGCGCAAGACAUCUUGGAGCUUCUCCGGCAGGAGCUGGAGACGAGAAAGAUCCCGCCGCGCAACUUGGUGCGACGAGAACGGCGAUAAUGUGUCAUCGGAUCCAGCUUCCAGGGCCGCCGUCUUCGAAAGAGAUUUGCUCUGUCUCCCUCCUCUGGAGAAGCCGGGACCCGACAGCACCGCUCACUCAAGGCCAAUCUUCCUCGGCCAUGGCAGUGUCGACGAAAAGCUUUCCUUUCUUGUUGGGCGAGGCAAUGGCGGCGACAGCGAGAAAGGCAGGUUACAAAGUCGAGCUGAAUAUUUACGUAAACCUCGGCUACUGGUACAAGAUCCCGGACGAGUUUGGUGACCUUGGUAUUCCAGAUGACGACAGAUCCUCCCUCCAGGGCUCGAUGAUUUUCUCCAACGCCCUGUCUCUCACCCACCCCGACAUCCAGGCUGGCCGCCGCAUGGCCUCGACGUACUCCCAAUAAUCUGGGUAGUAACCCGACAGCUCCCAGUCCAGCAAUAUCUCAGGGCGCCUAUCUCGAUGAUGGUAUGUGCGCGC